AUAGUGUGUUUCUAUUCCUGUGGUUAUCUUGUGCAUUUUAUCGCAACGCCGGAGCCAGCAAAAUCUGCGCUGAAGAAAGGUUCGAAAAAGGCUGUGACGAAAACGGCCGGGAAAAGCGGCAAAAAACGCAAGAAGUCGCGAAAGGAAAGUUAUGCUGUCUACGUAUACAAAGUACUGAAACAGGUCCAUCCAGAUACGGGCAUUUCUUCAAAGGCAAUGGGCAUUAUGAACUCUUUCGUUAAUGAUAUUUUCGAGCGCAUCGCCGGAGAGUCCUCCCGUUUGGCUCACUAUAACAAGCGCUCAACUAUUACGUCACGGGAGAUCCAGACUGCUGUUCGUUUAUUAUUGCCCGGAGAGCUUGCCAAGCACGCAGUUUCAGAAGGGACCAAGGCAGUGACAAAGUACCCGAGCUCAAAAUGAGAACACUGAGACUAA